AUGCGAGACAAGAAGGUGACAGAAUUUGAAACUCUCAGACAAGGAAAUAAAACCGUUACGGAGUAUGAAGCCCAAUUUGCAGAGCUAGCCCGAUUUGCACCUCAUAUGGUGGAUACGGAUUAUAAGAAAGCACGAAAAUUUGAAGGGGAAUUACGGAAUGCUAUCCUUGACCGAGUCAACAUGUUGAAGUUACCCACCUAUGUUGAUGUGUUGGAGAGGGUUGUUAUAGCAGAGGGAAACAUUGCUGCUCAAGAUCGGAUUUCUGAGUGGGAAGGAAAGAGGCAGAACAUUCAAUUAUCAAAGGGGUCAGUCACUCCACCAAACAAGAAACAAAAUUCAGGGACCUCUAGUACUUCCACCCCUACUCAAGAUUCAACUCCUGUUUGUUCAGAAUGUGGAAAGAAGCACCAUGGGACUUGCUAUCGGUUGACUGGAGCAUGUUUUAGGUGUGGCAAAAUGGGUCAUCUGGUGAAGGACUGUCUGCAAAGAAAUCAACAAAAUGGAAAUAGGGCUACUGCAAGUUCAGUAGGGUCUACACUAGCUCCCAACACCAAGUCAACUGUGAAGCCUGUUAACAAUAAAGACACCGCGAGACAAGGGAGGGUGUUUGCAUUGGUUCCGGGAGAUGUGCAAAAUGCUACAACAGUGGUGUCAGGUACAUUUAUUGUUCACGGUUAUUCAGCUCAUAUAUUGUUUGAUUCUGGCUCUACCCAUUCCUUCGUGUCAAAACUAUUUGCUCAAAAUUUAGAUAGAUUUGAGGAAGUAUCAUCUUAUAUGUUAUGUGUGUCUUCACCUUUGGGAGACUCUAUGGCCUGUACUUCUGUAUAUUUUGCUUGUGAACUCCUAAUUGGGGAUAUCCAGGAUCCGGGAGACAUAACUGUCAACUGGUUCGAUUUAGAUGGGUCAGUAGAAGCUACCGAGUGGCUCAGUGAUGAGCCAGAUGCUAUUGAACAACUUCAGGAAGACCAGGGGCAAUCAAGGGUUGAAAUAUCAUCAACAGUGGCCGGAGUGGCCGGAGAUCAGAAUGAACUGCCGGGGAGCAUCGGUGUUAAGAAUUUCGCUCAAGAUCAGAACAGUUUGAGUACAGGGGAUGCUGAGUAG